AUGAAUUUGGAUGGGGACGUUAUUGGGGCAAUUGAGGAACUGCGUCGCGGGGUAAUGAGGCGAGAUUGGGGGGCUGUGCUGCGCACAAUGAGGGGCCAGCCGCCAUAUGCAGAGCUGUGGCUGGCCAAGAUGAACAAGUGGGCUGACACUGUGCUGCACGCAGCUAUCAUUUAUGGGACACGACCCCGCACCUUCGAUGAGCUGUUUGAAGAAAUGCCCCGACGUGAAGAAGACGUCGUGGAGAUUCUGUCAGCCAGGAAUCAGUGGGGCAACACUCCUCUUCACUGCGCCGCAUAUAGAGGCUCUCCCUUGUUGUGUCGCCGCAUCCUUCAUGCCCUCCCCACCGAUGAACAGAGAACCCGGGCCCUUCUGGUGCGUAACAACGAGGGAGAGACGCCUUUGUUCUUGGCUGCUGUUCAUGGUCACCCGGCGGCCUUCCUCCUUCUCUAUGGCUAUGCAGAACCUGCGCAUGCCACAGCUCCUUACGUGAAGCCCAAUGGGGGAUCUGCACUUCACUUAACCAUUCAGCGAAAGAAUUUCGUCAUCCCGAUUUGGCCCCCAGAUUUUGCUGGACAACCUGAUCAGCCUCCCACCCAUGAAGCUCCUUUCGGAUUCUCCUUUUUAAGAAGUACCACAGAGAAGAAAAGGAGACAUGUAUUUGGUGGGCGGAUCAUGGAACAACUGGUAGACAAUGACGCUUUUUGUGAUGAUUUGAUGGAGAUGGAGUUGUUGGGGAGGGAUGACGAUCAUCCGGCGAACUUACUAAUGCUAGGUCCUUCAUAUCAAGCAUCAUUAUUAAGAUGGACACCAUUGUUGAGAGCAACAAAAUAUGGUGCGACCGAAAUGGUGCGGGCAAUCUUGGAAAAAAGGCCAUUUGCAAUUGAGGAUGAAACUGAUGAGAAGAAGAAUGUCAUGUUGGUGGCGGUAGAAGAGAGACAGUCAACCCUAUUGGAGCAGUUCAAGAAGAACCCAUCCAUCUGGAAUCGGAAGCUUCACCAUGCAUCCGACGUCCAUGGCAAUACUGCCCUGCACUUGGUCGCGAUGCCUUCUCGUCAUAGGCUUAUGGAUAUGUCUGUCCUUCACUUGCAAUGGGAAAUCAGCUGGUUUGAGUAUGUGAAGGAAAUGAUGCCGCCGGAGUUCAUUAAACGGAAAAAUAAGGAAGGCAAAACGCCGGUGAUGGUCUUCGAGGAGGAACACCAUGAUCUGGUGCAAAAAAGUAACCAAUGGAUGAAGGACAUAUACGGAAAUUACAUAGUGGCGGCGACGCUUAUGUCCGGCGUUACCUUUGGAACGUGCUACCAGAUCCCGGGAGGCUACGACGAAGGCAACGGCAGGCCGAUUGUAGGCAACCGUUAUGAAUUCCAAAUAUUUGUUAUCACGGCACUGGUUUCCUUUGGCUUCUCCGUCAUUUCCCUCGCCGCCUUUCUCGCCAUUUGCAGCUCUCAAAGUGAUCGGCCCGAUCCCUACCGAAGACAUCUGCCGCGGACUCUGUGCUUGGGUUUAUCUUCUCUUCUCUGUGUCUCAUUUUGGUGCAUGUUGAUUUCUUUCUAUGCUGCGCAAACCUUUGAACUUGUUGGCCCCAUAAAAAAGUUGUCUGUGUAUGUCCCCGUGUACGUUGGCUUGGCUUUGAUCCCUCUCUACUUUUACGGGGCAACUCAAUUUCCACUCCAUCGGCGUCUUCUCAAAGCUAGUUUUUCUCGUGUGCCACUCUCCAGAGGUAGAGGAGAAGAACAAGAACAAGAAAGAUAA